UGAGAAUUCAUUGUGAAUUUUUCAGAGGCAAUGUUAGAAAUUCCUUUAUAGACGAUGAUAUGAAGAAGAUUGGUUUUAAAGAAAAGUGGAGAAUUGAUGAUCUUUUUCGUGAAGCAAGUACAUGCAUAUUAUGUAUAACAACGAUUGAAAGCCGCUUGUUAUUUAUCAAUGUAAGUAUUUAGUCAAAUGGAGUAUUAAAUUUUGCAUUUAAUGAAUUAGGUAUAUUCUGUAAUAUAUGCACGUGCAAUGCAGCAUGGAGAGUUGAAACUUGAAUAACAGAUUGGUUCGUUAUAGAAACUGUUAUACAUAUGUAUAGCACACAUGGAACAAGCCCUGCCCAUUCCUGUUCAAUCAGGCUAAUGUUCCCAUAAUUCGGUGCUAGUAGCUUUCGAUGACUUAAUGAAUGAAUAAAUGGCCUCGUCUUCUUCGAUGGUUCAUCGAUAGAACUUCAGCUGCGUAUACAUAUUGGUUUCAUGCUCCGAUUCAAAGUUCUCUUUCUUCGUUUCCAAACAAUCAUUAAUCGCGAGGAAUGAAAUUAUACGGCACACCAUAGGAAUAGGAAAAUCAAGAGACAUUGAAAUGUAGUCCACAAUGCACCGCAACAUCCUAGAUGAUGUGAGUUCGAUGCUCUCGUGUAUGAGAGCGUGAAUAACAUGCGUUGUUCCCAUGGGAAGGAUAGCGGUGAACAACGGGAAUGAGAGCAACGUGAAAGGAAAGAGGGUUUUACUAUGAGGAGGAUAGAUCCGGAUAAUCAUGGACCUCGAACGGGUCAACCGCCCUUUCGAGUUUUAUCUGGAGGAGAACACUGCCUUUUAUCACCGUCACCACCAUCGCCACCACCACCACGUGCACCCGAACCCUACAAAAUCGUACCGCCAUGCUCCUCUUACACUCGAGCUCAUCGACGAUCAAGUUUCGUGAUAAUUGCAGAGACUCGACCAAUUACUCCGGAUUCCAGAAGUCCUUCACCUCCAUGUUUAGCAACAGGAAGGGUCUCUCCUUUCCGAGGUCGAGGAUUCAAAGGACCUUUACCGCAUGCCCAAUCUCGACCCGAGAGUCCUAAUCAUUUCAAACGCAGAAGAAGCAGUGGCAGAUUCGACAGACGAGUUUCAGUUUCCCAACAAUGCAGUCCAAAGCGAAGUCAAAUCCCCCAACCGACUCGAAGUCGUUCCAUAUCAUUGACAAAGCAAAAUGAAAAGAAAUCAUCACCAAAAUUUGGACGACGAGCAAUAUCAAAAGAUAACGUGAUAGUAACAACGAAUAACGUGAUAAAUAAUAAUCGUCGUCAAUCGUUAAAACGACCGGGACUAUCGCCAAUUCAAGGAACGCCAACGAAACCAAGGGAAAAAUCACCGGAGAAAUCAAUUUUUAUUCCCAAAACACGCCCCCAACAAAUACAAAAUCAAAGAACAUCGCCGCAAAAAGUCCGAAGAAAUUCUUUGCUACCGCCAAAAAUUGUCAGCAAAUCGAAUAAAUCUUCCGAUAAACAGAAAUCUUCCAGUACUGAGAUACUCACAUCACCGUCGAAAAUACCAUUGAGGCGUGGCUCGAUAACGAAUAAAUCAGCCUCCACACAAUCAUUGUCCUCCAAUAAAACCUCAAUUCCACCAUCAGCAGCACCUACCACAAAACCAGCGAAAUCACUCGAGAAAAUAAUUGACAAGGGAAAGAAAAUUCAACCGAAACCAGUGAAAAAGCAGGAGGGCAAACAGGAUGGGAAAACUUUGAAUUUACAAGUACCAAAAAAUAAGAAUUUCGAGAAAGUUAUCAAGAAAUUGGAGAAGAAACCGUCUGUUGUUCAAGAGGCUGUGAAAAUUUUAGAGAAUGAUUUAAAAUUAGCUGAAUUAUUAAAACAAAGUUCGGGCGCAACUGGUACGUCAAGUGUCGUUAAUACAACAACGACAACUGCCGUUCAACCUUUACAAAUUGACGCGACUGCCAUAAAUUCUGAAUCAAAAGAAAUAUCUGCUAAAAUUACAAGCAAUGGAAAUCAAAAAAAGAGUGAAAUUCCUGCGAAAAAAGAUGGAGAGGCGAAGGAGAAGAGUAAAACAGUUGAAAGUUCUUCAAGUUCCAAGAUUGCUGAUCAAAAGACUGCUCAAGUUCAAGAAACGAAUCUCAAUAGUAAACCACCGGCAUCCACAACAUUGAGCACUUCGACAACAACUCCAGAUAGUAAAAAUACAACGCCAGACGAUGUCGUGAUGUUGGGCGCUAAUUCAUCGGAAAAUGUGGCAAAAAAUACAAUGAAGACUGCUGGAAAAAAUCCAAAUGAACCUCUUAAUGAAUCUCAAUCAUCGUCAGUCAAAGUAACAAAUGUAACAUCAGUGACAGCAGCAACAACAACCACAACAACAUCAACAAGUGAUUCAAAAUCAAAAUUAAAUGACAAAUCUGGAGAGAAAAAUGUGGAAAAUACAAAAGAGAGAACUAAAGGCGAUGUGGAAAUUGUCAAUGAAGUUAAUAAGUCUUCAAAUAAACGUUUGGAGGCAAAUGUUCAGGCGCCUGAACAUCAGAAGACUGAAAGUAAAAAUAGUGAUCCGAUAAGUGUCCAAAUAAUGUCGAACGCACCGGGAUUAGUGACAAAUUCAGUGACUAACGUGGAAAACAAUUCAAGUGUGAAUAAUAGUGUUGAGAAGAUUCGUAAUCAGGGUAGUGGUGUCUCAUUAAAGUCAUCGGCUGGUAAAUCCUCGGAUUCGGUGGAGAGUAUUAGAUCAAAUGAUACUGGUGUCAGUCUCAAUACAGUGAGAGGAGUAUCUUCAGCCAGAGAAAAGAAAGGUGUGCACAUGGAAAAAAGGACACAGGAAAUCGAGACUCUCAGUGGAAAUGUCGGUCAUCUUGAACGAAAUGGAGAACCAAGUGUAUUGACGGCACCUGGUAACGUUGAAGGAGGAGGAGGAGGAGGAGGACAGGAGAAAUUAGCGACUCGCUGGAGAAAGUCCUUGGGAAGAUAUUGCAAGUGUUGGCCAGGCAUGAAGUGCCUCGCUUGUCGGAGGGAUCUCAAGGGGAAAUUUUGGCCCAGAACUCAACUGAGAACAAUAUCAAAAGCUGAAUUGACACCAGCUCCCAGGGGCAAUAAGGAUAAGGGUCCUGGACGAUGGUCGAGGCUUAAAGCUGCAUGCAGAUGCCCUCGUUGGAAAGAGAGGAAGUGGUGCAUAAGAAAAGCGAGAGUUGCGCCCGCUGAGAGUAAACCUUGUUGUCCACCUGAACGCCGAUUUGGUGCCUUAUGUAGAAGAUUAUUUGCCAACUGCAAAUGCAAACGUUCUAAUAAAGAUAAUAACAAUGCGCAGCAACGGAGGAAAAGUAUACGUGCCAAGCACAGUAUCACAAGUGUCGUUGCACCCCCCGUUUCAGAGGAAUUGAGGCCCAAACUUCCUGACGUUCUGGUCGAGCACAAUUCAUUAAUGCGUGGAGCAAUUCCUUGUCUUCCCACUCCUCUCGCAUGGUUCUGUUUUAUAUGGAAUUUAUUAAUACCUGGAACUGGAACUUUUUGGAGUGGAUUGUUUAAUCUUUGCGUUGGUCAGCCGAGAUUUUCUCCUGUAGCAAGUGGAAAAGCAAGAUUUGGCGCUUUUAUUGUAAAUUUAUUCGUGGGAGUAGGUCAACUUUUUACCAUAUUGUUUUGCCUUGUUGGAUGGGGUUGGAGCAUCUGGUGGGGAGUCACAAUGAUUCGUCUUGCCAGGAAAUACAAGCGCUUUAGAGACUCGGAAGCUGUGAGUGGAGAUCUGGAAGCGAGAGCUGGUGAACCAGCAGCAUUACCGCCAGGAGUACCGAGUCAAGCUUUGCGUGGCAUUGAAAGGGCACGAUAAACUUCUUCCUUGCAUAUGCUAAUUGCUAUUAAAUACAUAGUGAACGCAUCUUCCGGUCUAACGAACUCGAAAGUUUCAAAUUUCAUAAUUAACGAUUCACUCAAAAGUGAACAUUGAUAACAACAUUCAGGAACUGCUUUCAAUGAAAGCGUUUGCAAGUUUCGUCUUUCCAAAGUUCUUUAUCUUUUUGACCAAAUUUAUCAUUACGUUCCUGAUUUAGUUAUUUAGUUACUAAUUAGAUAAUA